AGGGCGAUGGCAGCGGUCAGCGGCAGCCUGCCCGCGGGGGGGCCAGCCCCUGGGAGCUGUGCUGACAGAAGAACAAACAGGAUGAGAUUUGUAUGUCCUGUCUGUCCUGAAAUUUACCUACCCUACCCUUUUUCAAGGGUGGCAGACGUUAGUGGGUGGACUUCUGCUUCAUGUGUCCUGGAAGCUGGGCUGGGUGGAGAUAAACUUGUCUUCAAGCCAAUCCCGGUGUUCCUCACCGUGCACAACGCGGCAGAAGUUAUAACCUGUGGGUUCCAGAAGUUUGUGCAGAAAGAGCAGAUCUCUCAUCUGAAAGUCUGUAGUGUGCUGUUCCUCCUUGUAGCAGCAGCGUGCCUUCCUUUAUGUGACACACAGUUUGAUCCGAACGGUUAUUUAUGGGCUCUAAUUCACUUGAUCUGUGUUGGGGCUUACAAAGUAUUUCACAAGUUAUGGAAACCUAGCUCUUUAAGUGAUCUGGACCAACAGUACAUCAACUAUGUAUUCAGUGUGGUGCUGUUGGCCUCUGCAUCCCAUCCAGCAGGUGAUCUCUUCAGUGCCUUGGACUUUCCAUUCCUGUACUUCUACAGGUUUCAUAGCAGCUGCUGUGCCAGUGGACUGUUGGGAUUCUUUCUGAUGUUGCACACAGUGAAGCUAAAAAGCAGCACAACCUCAGGGCAAUAUGCAGCAUGGAGUUUCCUUGCAAAGGUUAUCACUGCUAGCUUAUCACCGUUGUUCUUUGUCAUGACUGCCAAUGUACUAAUGAUUUCUUGCCUUGUGAUCAGUGGAGUUGGAGAAGCUUUGCUUGUUUACACUGAAAGGACAGGCACAUAAAGAGGAACCAGAUCUCACCAGCUGGAAAAGAGCUGACUUGCAGCCUAGCGACCCCAUCACGAAUAAAAUGCAGCAGCAAGAAUGAAGAAGUGCAACCAAACACAAGGAAAGAGACCUAUUGUUUUUUUAUUAAGAAAGAAAAACUAUGCUAUUAAUAGUGCUGGUAAGAGAGCAGCAUAGUUGGCAGGGUGGUUGGGAGCCUUUGCCUCAAAGCACAAGACAAACUAUUUCUCAUUGAUGUGGUAAAGGAAAAACUGCACUAUCUCAUGCUGAUGGCUCUGUGUGAGAACCUUUCAGAACCUCCCUUCUUGCACAGGGAGCUGAACUCAGGAAAAGCAGCAUUCCCCACUGGAGGCCCCCAGGUUUUUUUGUUGACAGCAGGUUGUACCAAACCAUGUCAGAGCCCAGAUCGUGCCAUGAAUUCAGGAUAAGGGUGGAUGGAUUUUGUCUCCAACUGUUCUGUAAGCAGCAAGCUGCUGCACACAGGUCUCUAGUCACGUCGUCUGAACUGGCACGGUGACCCAAGGCCAUGGGGCUUCUGGAGAUAGUCCCCUUCUGGAACUGCAGUGGG